AUGGCCGCCACCACUUCCGUCCCCACCUCCAACCAGGUUCUGGUUCCGGAGACCCUCCUCAAGAAGCGCAAGUCUCAGGAGAAGGCUCGCGCUGAGCGCAACUCGGCCACCGAGAAGCGCAAGGCUGCCAACAAGGAGAAGCGUGGCGUCAUCUUCAAGCGUGCUGAGAAGUACGUCAAGGAGUACCGCGACGCAGAGCGCGAGAAGGUCCGCCUCUCCCGCGUUGCCCGCGAGAACGACUCCGCCUACGUUCCCGCUGAGGCCAACCUGAUCUUCCUUAUCCGCAUCAAGGGUAUCAACAAGAUCGCCCCCAAGCCCCGCAAGAUCCUCCAGCUUCUCCGUCUCCUCCAGAUCAACAACGGAGUUUUCAUCAAGAUCACUAAGGCCACCACCGAGAUGAUCAAGAUCAUCGAGCCGUGGGUCGCCUACGGUUACCCCAACCUCAAGUCCGUCAAGGAGCUUGUCUACAAGCGCGGUUACGGAAAGGUCAACAAGCAGCGUGUUGCCCUCACCGACAACUCCAUCAUCGAGGAGAACCUCGGCAAGUACGGCAUCGUCUGCAUGGAGGAUCUCAUCCACGAGAUCUACACCGUCGGCCCCAACUUCAAGCAGGCCUCCAACUUCCUCUGGCCCUUCAAGCUCUCCAACCCCACUGGCGGCUUCCGCCCCCGCAAGUUCAAGCACUUCAUCGAGGGUGGUGACCUUGGCAACCGCGAGGAGAAGAUCAACGCCCUCAUCCGCCAGAUGAACUAA